GUGAUAAAUCGGCAGUUCCAGCCCAACAUGCAGAAAAGGUGACGGGACGAACAAGUUUGGUAUGCAGCACUGAACUGGUUUACAUGUAUACAAAGAACUGUCCGUUGUUUACAUCCUGCAAGCCUCACUGUUCUGCAAGAUAAUUGAAAGGACGCUAAACCAAACAUGAUGCCUAUGUAUUUUUUUGUGUCUGAUCAGGUGAUACUACUAUUUGACUUCUGGAAUGUUCACUCUGUAGCAGGAAUGGUGCUGACGGUGGUGAUUGUUCUACUUAUGACAUUGUCUUAUGAAAUCCUAAAAGUGGAAACAGUGAAACUAGACAAGAAAAUAUUGGAUCUGAUGACAGCAACACCAAACACCCAAGAUGAAACAGCAGAGACGCUACCUAUAAAUCCAAAUGCACAAAAUACCUCACUAAAAAGGUGGAUUUGGAUCUAUGUGCUCCGGUCUCUUUUGCACAUUAUCCAGGUUAUCCUCAGCUACUUAUUGAUGCUUUGCGUCAUGUCCUACAACGUAUGGGUCUUCCUAAGUAUAAUUGCAGGGGCUGGAAUUGGGUAUUUCCUGGCAUACCCAUUGAUUAAUCGAUGUUAACUGGCAAUGAUGCCCUCCUGGAACUCUUCAUUCAGAACAGGAACAAUUACAGUGCAGAGAUGAUCUGCGAGAAACUGCUGGACUGGGUCAUCAUCUAUCCUAGCCUCAGAAGAAUGAUGUCUUCUACACACUGCAUAAUUUUGCACACAGAAGUAUGUUGAAACAAGCCAUAUACAAGCCAUAUACUGGUUUUCCCUGUGACUAUUGCUCUGCAUGAUUUCAACUUUGUGUGUGUGUGGAAACAUGACUUUCUACCUAAUGCAGAUUUGGUGACUGACUGUAAAUAAUAGGUGCUAAGUAUAUGUUGCACAGAGCACAAAUGAAUUGUUUAUUAAACCAACAGGAAUCAAAAAACAUUGAUUUUAUAGCUUAUACAAGUUUAAUAUGCUGUUAAUUUUAAAUUUGAUCAAACAUGAUGAAAAACUGUUAACAUCUGGACAGAGUGGUUGACACUUGUAAUACAAGAUCAUAAUUGAUCAAGGUUGCCUGGAAACUGAUAUGAUACUAGACUUCUUGACUGAAGAUUGUUACCUUUCAAAUACAUAAAAUGUAGACAGAAAUAUUGGAGUUUCAGUACUGUUCCAUACAUCUCUUUAUGGGUGUGUUAUAUUAUUAAACCUCAUUUCUGCAGCUUGUGGAGCUGCUGAUUAUUUGUUUCCCUAUGCACAGACAUAGGAAAAAUAAGCCCCCCACUGCAAUGCCCUCCCCACCUUCCCCCCACCCUCGCUCUUCAAUCACCAACAACACAGAUCAUCUCUGUUACACAUGUGGACAUAAACUGGCUUUUGAACAGUCAAAUGCUACCGUUUAAAGAGGCACAGUUCUUAGUGAAACUGUCCCCGCAUGUUAUUAUGCAUCAAGUAUAAAAUGUUAUAAAAAUACUCAAAUUAACUUAGCCUAGUGACACAUCCCAAUAAUCUGAGCAGGAUCUUCUGCUUGGCAAGCGGGGGCGGGGCCCACUCGCCGAAGCAUAAAAUGACACAGAAUGAC